AUGCAUGCAAAUGGCGUUCCAGCCGCAAGAGGAUGGCGAUUAGAUGCCCGAAAAGCAAAGACGCCUGCCUUUCAAGCUCAGGUUCUUGCACUCUUUUCCGAACAACUUCAAAUUGAUACUUGGUCCGAACAAACUGUCAAUCCUGAUUUGUGGCCAUUAGACGCAAGCAGAGUUCAGUUGAAACGUAUCAGUGGCGCUUUUUCCAACGCUGUCUUCUUUGUCUCAUACGAUAAGCAAGAUUGUGAGGGAUUAUAUCCGAAGACUGUCCUUCUUCGAGUGUAUGGAAAGGGAACCGAGGUCUUGCUUUCUCGUAGAGCUGAAUUGCUGAUCUUGCAUACUCUCUCCAGCUUAUACGAGAUUGGUCCGCAUAUCCUCGGAACAUUUGCAAAUGGCAGAGUGGAGACAUACUUUGACGCAGAACCAAUCGGCAAAGAUGGUAUUCGGGACCUGGGCGAUCGAAGAGAGACCAUCAAGGAGGAUGGCAGUCUACUUGUACGAGGAUCAGAAGGUCGAGCACAAUGGGUAGCCAGAAGAAUGAGACAAUUGCAUGAAGUACCCCUAGAAACUAUGCGAACUGUUCUUGAACAAGGCGAUUUACGUGCAAAUGGCGAUGGUAGCAGUGUAUACGGGAGAGGUAUCGAAAAUCAUCUAUUCGCCCGCAGUCAUCGUCCACGCAUGCACCGAAAUCCAUCUUCAAUCCCUCCAUCUCAACAAAACAUCCUUGAUUCAUCCAGAAAUCUGAGAGACACGAUGUCCAUUCGCGGCUUUUCGCCUCAUCGCAAUAAUUCGGUUACCUCUUUUGAUUCUCUUGCGACUUCCUUUAAUUCGCAAGAUAGCAGUUCGAUCAAUAACGAAAACGGCUUCAGUAGUCCUUCCUUUGGUCCAACAGGUUCGGGUCCUUCCAGUUAUACAGAAUCAGUAAAUGCACCAUAUCCCGGUAUGUGGAGACGAUCAAAGCGAUGGGCUCGCGAAGCAGGAAAAGUGUUGGCUUUGGUGGAUGAAUUCUGCAAGACGGAUGCUGGACAAGCUGCUUGCAAGAGAGCUUUGAAGGGUACGCCUUUGGAAGGAAGAGAAUUCUCUCCUUUCACCUCGUUUAAUGAUAUUAACGUACCAAGCCUGGAACUGGGUACAACAGUGAAUAGCUUGCGGAUUACCUUGUUGGCUAUUGCUUCUCUCAAUUUCCCUCGAUUCUUGGCGGAAAUGGAUGCUUUUAAAGCAUUCAUCAGGAAAUGGGAAAAGCUCAAUGGUGCAAGUCGUCGAGUUUUGGCACAUGGCGAUACGCAAUACAGUAAUUUACUGCUGAUCAAAGAGGGCGCCUUUGAGGAGGAUAGUGCAGGUAAAGGAAUGCCUCGCGAACGUAGCAGAGAUUCGAGUAAGCCGACUGAUAGCCCGGAAAUCAGUAAGAGUCGAUCAAGCAGCAUUUCUUCCAACAAACGAAGAUCACGUUCACGCCGAGCGCCUUAUGAACGUUUGAUCGUGAUUGAUUUCGAGUAUUGUUCGCCCAACCCUAGAGCGUACGAUAUCGCAAAUGCAUUCCACGAGUGGCGUUUCGAUUAUCAUCAUAUAACCGAUUGUUGGUCGCCUUACACGUUUGCUUAUCCAACGCGAGAUGAACGUAGAAGGUGGCUUCGUGCAUACGUAGAACAAGGAAGAUUGCUACGGAUGCGUGGAAAAGCACCCAAAGCAGCCUCUGAUCCAACAACCGCCGCCACCGCCGCCGCCGGCGAACCAAAUGAUCAAUCUUUACCGCCUGCACUUCCCAACGGCGAAGAAUUGGAAUUACCACCUUGUGUGAUGUCAAAAGAAAGAUCGAAUGGAAAUGGAUCGGAUUCUCCACGUUUGAAUGCGGUUCGACAAUCACCUUUGGCAUUUUUGGAACGUAGUAUGCAAAAAGAGAUUGAUCGUUUAGAAAAAGAAGUUGAAAUCUUUUCGCCUGCUUGUCAUGCUGCUUGGGCAUUAUGGGGAAUGACAUUUGCAAAAGAAUCAAUUGAACAACUUUUACGAAAUUGUUUACAAGGAAAUUAUGUCGAUCCAGCUCUUGUUUCUGCUCGUGAUAUGGAAAAUGGUUCUGAAGUUAUCGCUGGAUCGGCUGAAAGUUUUGAUAACUUACGUUAUACCUUGAGUAGGGUGGAAUUAUUCCGUGCCGAAUUAAAGGCAUUAGGCGUUCAAGUAUCUCCAACUUGA